UUUGGCACUACUCGCUGACUAGUACUGGUUCCUUUUUGUGUAUAAUGGCCAACGAGGCGACGCAGACACCAAACCCGAUGUGGACACCCGACGCAGACUUGUCGCUGUUCAUAUCGAUGAUCGGGCUAAGACCUGUCGGGAUUCACAGACACUUUCGCAUGGUCAACAUAUACACGCGGCUAAUGGGACGGCUCAGCAACAGGGAUGUAAAGCCAGCAGAUGUAUGGAGGCGACUCGAGACACUGUAUGAUAUGGAGCUGCUAGAGGAGAUGGAAGAUGAGAACGAGGACGACGAGGACGACGAGGCCGAAGAUGAUGCGGAGGCAGAAGAGGAGGAUGCGGCACAGGACGAUCAGGCCGAAGCUGGUUUGAGGCCAAGCAAAAGGCGGAGGACCACCAAGGAUGAAUCUGAGGAGCCAGAUGAUGAAGAAGACGAUGAAGAAGGGGAUGAAGACGAGGAUGGUGAAGGCGAAGGCGAUGGUGAGGGUGAUGGCGAAGAUAGCGCUGGAGAAGAUCAGCACAGCUCAGAAACCAAUAUUCCACCAUCCAGUAUCGGCACCGUACUGGACACAUCGGACCCGCUGUUCUGGCGCAAGGCCAAUGCAGAAUUCGCACUGCCAUGGACGGAAUUUGGCACGAUGAUGGUAGAGCGCGCAGGGGCGGGUGUCGAUGAUACGGAUGACAUGGCAUCUGCUGCAGAUCCCUCAUCGUCGAAAAACGCAAGCCCAGAGCCUGAAUCCGACGACAAUAACAACGACGAUGACGACGACGAUGAUGAUGACAAUGAUGAUGACAAUGAGGACGACGACGAGGACGAGGACGAUGAGGACGACAAAGAAGACAAGUCCUAUGUCUCGACGCGGCGUCGUGGGCGCUCAUCGACACCGGUGCCGCGCACCCGUUCAAAGCCGCUGGCCAGCACACGUAGCAAGCGGUCGAGCAGAGGAAAAUAGCGUUUUCUCGUGUUAACAAAAAAGAAAACGGCGGUUUACUUCUUAGC